AUGAAGACAAUAUGGCAGCUGCUGUUGAUAUCCCUGGUUCCGGUCCAGGCGAUCGAAAUGAAACUGGAUGAUAUUGCCUCCGUGAAGAAAGCAUGUCAAACAAUCGCAAAGAACAUGGUCUCAUACUAUACGGGCUACGAACCAGGCGAUGUACCAGGAAACCUCCCAGACCCGUACUACUGGUGGGAGGCCGGGGCGAUGUUCAACGCUUUGAUCGACUACUGGGCGUACACAGGCGACGACCAGUGGAACGAGAUCACAGCCCAGGGUCUCGUACAUCAAGCAGGCGACAACGGCGCAUUCAUGCCGUCGAAUCAAAGCAAAACGGAGGGGAACGACGACCAGGGGUUUUGGGCGUUCGCAGCAAUGUCGGCGGCAGAGAGGAACUUUCCCAAGCCACCAGGCGAUGGGCCUGACUGGCUCGCGAUGGCUCAGGCGACGUUCAACACCCAGGCCAGCCGAUGGGACGAUGAGCACUGUGGUGGAGGGCUGCGCUGGCAGAUAUUCACCUGGAACGGGGGCUAUUCGUAUAAAAACACCAUAUCGAACGGCUGCUUCUUCAACCUGGCGGCGCGACUAGCGAGAUACACAGGAAACCAGACGUAUGCAGACUGGGCGACGAAGGUAUUCGACUGGACGCAGGAUGUCGGGUUCAUGACGCACGAUUACCUCUUCUACGACGGAGCCGAUUCGCAGGACAACUGCACGAAGAUGGACCGCGUCCAGUGGACGUACAACAACGGCGUAUACCUGCUUGGUGCUGCCGCGAUGUAUAACUUUACCGACGGAGAUCCGAGGUGGAAAGAACGAACAGAAGGAAUCCUCAAAGGUGCAGAUGUCUUCUUCGCCGAUAAGCCCAAAGACGUCCUGUACGAACGAGCCUGUGAGCCAGUCGACACCUGCAAGGUGGACCAGCGAUCGUUCAAAGGAUAUCUCGCCCGGUGGAUGGCCGCGUCGACGCAGCUUGCGCCAUUCACGUACAACAUGGUAAUGCCGAAGCUGCGCGCCUCAGCAAGUGCCGCUGCGAAGACAUGCGCAGGAGGGCCUAACAACAACUCAUGCGGGCUAAAGUGGACGGAACAGAAGUACACCAAAGGGCCGCUGGAUAUCGGGUUGGAGAUGGCGGCGCUGGAGGUGAUCCAGUCCACGCUGAUCCACAAAAUAGAAGCACCGGUCACCCGAGAGGAUGGCGGACUCAGCCAGGGGAACCCAGCAGCAGGAUCGGAGGACGACCGACCGACGCUGCCCGACAUGGUGACUCGGAAUAUCAGCGUGGCAGACCGAGUGGGGGCAGGCAUACUGACGGUGCUGAUGGCGGCGGCGGCGAUAUCCACAGUCCGGUGGGCGCUUAUCGAUCCGCAUACCUGA